GCCAUCCGAAGAUUCAGCGGGGACACCUCGGCAGCUGCCGCGCAGGUUCACACGGACGGGCUCGCCUUUCUUUCCUUCCCCCGACGAGCGAUCGGCGUCGGCGAGAGCGAAAUCCCCGCACCAAAGAAUACGCGUCGCCGUCAAGCCGUAGGUCACAGCCACCGGUCUGGUCGGUCUCGCCGGGGCGGCGUCGGUUGGGACCGGAGGGAGGUACGCGAGGGGCGGACGGUGGAGGAGCGAUGGAGCCCCUGGAGGCGGCGAUAGCGAUCGUGUUCAACGCGCUGCUGCUGGUGUUCAUGGUGAAGCUCUUCUUCGCCAUGUUCCAGAUGAAGCUCGUCGUCAUCCUCUUCUACCUCGUCGUCCUCCUCUUCGCCCUCGCCUUCUCCGGCCGGGGCCCCGCCGGCUUCUAGGUUAGGUCCUUCGUUUUUUUCCCCCUUGCUUCGGUUGGCUCCGGAUCCAUCCUUGGAGCUGUAACAGCGGUGCUAGACCAUACCUACCUCGGUGCAUGUCUGGUUGGUUGGUUUAACAAACUGGGGAAAUUUAGUCUACAGUAUCAUGGUGACUCCGAGCUGCAAAUUGUGUGAACUCGGCGAAUUAAGAGGUAGUACAGCUUUAUAUGAGCCCUAGUUGAGAUUAUGUGGACUUAGUCGGCGCUUUCUUCGAUUGUUCUGUACAAUCUUACUUGUGGAUUCGUGAUGUAGCCUCUGCUAGGCGUGCUCUUCUUCUUGAAAAUCCUGAGGCAGAGUGUUCUUUUCUUUCUCCUAGUUCGUGAUCGACAAGCAUUAAUUUAGUGUUCAUUCAUUCCCAAGGGAAAGAAAUUUAUAAACUGGGAUGACAGUUUUGUUUCU